AUGGGAUUGUCUCUUCGCAGACUCGCCUUGUUCACUUUGUUUUCGCUAGGGGCUCAGGGUACCUGCAUCUGCGAGACCACCCCCGGCGUCAAGGCAUACAGCGGCUAUGUAAACCUCCCUGCAAAUGCCGACGAGGGCCGGCUAUACGACAUCCACACCUUCUUCUGGUUUUUCGAGGCUCGGAUAAACCCCCACUAUGCGCCCCUGUCACUGUGGCUCCAAGGCGGCCCCGGUGCGCCGUCGCUGCUGGGCGCCCUGAGCGAAAACGGGCCGUGCUUCGUCGCCCGCGACUCCAAACACACCGUCCUCAACCCAUGGUCGUGGAACAACGAGGUCAAUAUGCUCUACAUUGACCAGCCUGUGCAGACCGGCUUCUCGUACGACACGCUCAUCAAUGGCACCGUCGACGAAACGACGAUCCCGUGGCAGGUGACGCCGCUGUCUGCCUCGUCGGUCGUGAACGCGACCACGCUCCCCGGCGUUUUUGCGUCCCAGAACCCCAUGUCCACGGCCAACACAACGGCUACGGCAGCCCUUGCAGCGUGGCACUUCAUGCAGAUCUGGAUGCAAGAGUUCCCCAUCUACAAGCCCCAGGGCAACACGUUCAGCAUCUGGGGCGAGUCCUACGGCGGCCACUACUGCCCCGCCUUCGCCGACUUCUUCGCCUCGCAGAACAGCAAGAUCGUGCACGGCAAGAUCGACGGCAAGCCGGCCGUGCCGCUGCUCGUCGACACGGUGGGCAUCCUCAACGGCUGCGUCGACAUCCUCGCGCAGAUGCCCGCGUACCCGCAGAUGGCGUACAACAACACCUACGGCCUCCAGGUGAUCAACGAGACCGAGUACGCCGCGGCCAUGAGCAGCUUCCCUGAGUGCAGCUCGCGCGUUGAGAACUGCCGGUCGCUCGCCGACGCCCUGGACCCGGCGGGUGUGGGCAACGUCGACCAGGUCAACCAGGCCUGCCUCGACGCGUACAACUACUGCUUUGCGACCAUGUGGGGCGGCGUGCAGAAUCAUGGGCGAGACGUGUACGACAUCGCUAUGACCAUGCCCAACUCGUUCCCGCCCAAGUAUCUCGCGGGCUAUCUCAAUUCUCGGGAGGUUCAGCUCGAGCUGGGCGUUCCCCUCAAUGUGACUGGUCUCGCAAACGGCGUUAACCAAGCAUUCACCGCGACCGGCGACUUUGUGCUCGGGAAGGGCAUCGACAAGCUCGGCAGCCUCCUGGACCAGGGCGUGAAGGUUGCGCUGGUGUACGGCGACCGCGACUACCAAUGCAACUGGUACGGCGGCGAGCAGGUCAGUCUGGGCAUCCAGUCGCAGCUCAGCGCCGGCUUCCACGCCGCCGGCUACGCCCGGAUCCAGACGAACCGGAGCUACGUAGGCGGGUUUGUGCGCCAGUACGGAAACCUGUCCUUCUCGCGCGUCUUCGAGGCCGGGCAUGCCGUCCCGUGGUUCCAGCCCGAGACUACGUAUCAGAUCUUCAGGAGGGUCUUGUUCAACACGGACGUCGCGACAGGCACGGUGUCCACGACCGGGUCGCACGGCCGAGUCUACUCCAGCCAAGGUCCCAGCUCAGUGGCGGACGUCACCAACGCGGUGCCGACGCAGCCCGCCGCCGAGUGCUACUUGUGGGACGUCAUCGAGACCUGCACGGCGGCCCAGGCUGAGAUGCUGCGCAACGGCACGGCCGUCCUGAAGGACUACAUCAUGAUCGGAUACCGGCUGCCCAAUGGAACGAUUCAUUACUACUAG